UACCUCACUCCUCAAGAUCUCCUCCACUUAGCGUGGACGAUCAAACAGUUCCGAGCCUUUCUGAUGAAGCGGACCUCAGCUUAUUUAUGGAAGGUCUCCCGAUGCAAUAUACCAGAUCUCCCGGAGUGUCCCCCUUACCUAAGUGAGCCUGCAUACGCUAACCUAGUGUUCUUCAAUCACUGUCAUGCCUGCCUGAAGAAGAAUAUCAAGACAAUCUUCUGGGAAUUCUCAGCAAGAUAUUGCACCUCAUGUAGAUUGAAACGGUGA